AGGGGAAGCUUUGCUUAGAGGAAGUAAAUGCCUCUGGAGAAGCGUAAUUGUGAAAGAAUGGGGGAUGUUUCCCUUGCCUGAUCAGACCUGGGCUCAGAAAAAGCGCUGGUGCAAGGGGAUCGUGGCAGGCAAGAGAGACUGAAUCCGAAGCUGUCCUAACAUCCUGCAGAGGAAUCCUCAACAACCAUGCCCCGAAUGGGUGGGGGGCAUGGCAUACAUUCACAGCAGAACUCCCGGAAGAAGUUGCUGUUUGCAGCUUCCAUCCUGAGUUUGUGCUUCCUGUUGAGUCAAGGCCAAGCUGGAACAAUACCAGUCAUGGUUGAACCACCAAUGCCAAGAGAAGGAGACACCGUCACGUUGAAACCAGGAACCAUCCCAGAAAAUUCUGUUACCUGCCGUUGGUACCGAGGGGAAGCUGCUGACGCUAAUGUUAUCGUUAUCUUUUUUUUUUUCCCAAGUCCUGGGGAAGAAAAGGGACCUGCAUACACUGGGCGGGAGACGGUGGACUCCAGCUGCUCUCUUCAGAUCACAGACCUAAAGUCAAAUUACUCUGGAACCUAUAGAUUGUCCUUUGAUGGACCUGGAAUUACUGCAACUGGGAGUGCAAACAUCACGGUCAUAGAAAAGCUCUCCCAGCCAAUCCUGUCGCCUGCGAAUUAUGUGGCACUUGAGAACGAGAACAUCACCUUGUAUUGUAACAUAUCCAGCGGCAACGCUUUCAACAUUUCCUGGUACAGAAAUAGUGGGCCUGUGUCACCAGAGGCAGACAUUUCUGAAAAUAAGAAAAACCUUACUCUACGUAACUUCACCAAUGCCGAUGCAGGGAUCUAUACAUGUGUGGCCAGCAACCAGCUCAGCAGUGAAACGAGCAACCCCAGCAGCAUAACCUUGGCAUAUGGGCCUGUGGACAUUAAAGUGGAGCCAGCAGGUGUCAUAACCCUGAAACUAGCUUCCAAGUUGGAUCUGCUGUGUACGGCGGACUCCAACCCUGCAGCACAGUUUCAGUGGUUUAUCAAUGGUACUGUCCAGCAUGUGACAAAUAACAGAUUCAGUGUUGACUCGGUGGCCUGGAAAGAUGGAGGGAAUUACACUUGUCAGGCCAACAACACGGUCACCAAAAAUCAUGCCUUAGUGUCUGUCAUUGUGAAGGUGACAAACCAGGGUCCUUCUCUUUCCAGUCCUGGUGGCUUGGGAGGUGGAGCCAUUGCUGGGAUUGUUCUUGGGUCCUUGGCCGUGACACUGGCAUUGACGGGCACCCUGUUUUACUUCUUCUGCCGUGGCCGUCAUCAAAAUGUGAAGACAGAUUCACCGGUCAUAAUUGCUCCUAAUCUCUACGAGAACAUCCUCCCUUCUGGACCAGUAAGGACUGGGGCGAACCCCGAAAGCUCUUCUGGGACCAGCCAAACAUAUGAGACACUACAAUUCAGAGACCAAGCUGUGUAUCAAGAGAUAAAAUGAGAAUUGAAGAGCCUUCCACCCUCCCAUCUGCUGCUGUGCCCUUUAUUUUACCGACAAACUUUGUUUUCCUUCCCAAAGGAGAAUCCGUUCCUUUGAGCCUCCCUUGAAUAAGGACAAGCACCUUCUUUCCUCCCAUGCAUCUUCCAGUGAAACCCAACUUUUUAGAAACUCUAUAUCCCGCCUUCUAGACAAGAGAGCUAGGAUCUGAAGCAUAAUGGCAAAUACAUGGAUAUAUCGAAACACGUGUGACACCCUUCGCCUGGAAAGGCCGUAAAGCUAUCCAUGAAAUUAUAUCUACCAUAAUCAAGAGAGCAGAAUCUGACUCUAGAAGAAGCUUUACAUUCCACAUUACGAUGAGACCGAGUCUAGAAGAGUUAAUUUUUGGACUACAACCUGUUCUUUAUUGAUGGUGAAUUUGAUUGUUUUU